AACAGUCCUAUUAUUUUGUGACGACUAUAUCAUAGAUCUACGUAUAUUUUUCGUGUUCUAUCGAUUAUAAUAAUAUAAUAACUCAAAUUUCGUAAUCGUGAAUUACUGGAUGUCGUAAUUAUUUUGUACUAGUGUUAUUAGUGAAAAUGGAAAAUUUACCGAAUGUUGAUAGAAAGGAGUCGUUGGAAAGUUGGACAAAAGAAGAAAAAUUUAAAUUAUUGCAAGCUCUAAAGGAGCAUGGAUCUUAUAAUAUUGAAAAAAUUAGCAAUUUAUUUACCACUAAAAACGAAGAUGAAAUUUUAACAGCUUUAGAAUUUUAUAAAAAAAAAGCGCUUAUACAUCCUACAAUGAAACAAAAAAAAGUGAGAAGGUUAAAUAAUUUGCCUGUUAUACCCUUAGCUAGCUGGGCAAAAUUUUUAAUGGACUUUUAUGGGUUUGAAGACCUCCAAACCGACACGGCCACUGCUUUACGCAUAAUAGCAGAUUUCGAAGAUAAGCCCCCUGCUGUAUGCACAGAUAAAUUUGACUUCAAAAAAAUAUACCACAUGCUUGCUGAUGCUUUAGAAGGCAAACCUUUGCUUCAUGACAAACUAAUUAUGGCUAUGUUUGAUAAGUGUAUAGUUGAAACAGCACUAACUAGUAAAGCUUUUAUUAGAAGUACAGCAUAUAAACAAAUACUACAAUCAAUAAAUUUGUUAGAAAAAAAUAUAAAUGUAUUUGCAAAGCCAACUAAAGACAAUGAAUUAGCUAAUUUAAGACAUUUAGCUGCACAGAAAAAUUACAAUCCAUUAAAUAUUCCUGAAAAUUAUCUAAAAUCCUCAUCACACUCUUCAUAGUAUUUAAUUCUUCAGUUGUAUUUGUAGAAAUAAAUGUAUGUUUUAUAUUCUUUAAGUAUCUCAUCAAGAAUUACAAAGAUAAGUGAAGUAAUUGUUGUUUAUUGUUAAGAUGAAUUUAACCAUUCAAUAAAUUUAUUAAACAAUCUUA